UGUUGAUGGUAAAUCUCAGAAAAAUGUAAAGUCUCCCAAAGCCUGGGACUCCAGGAGUUUUGAACUCUUAAGCGGUUCUGCACUCAGCCCAACAGCUGCCAUUUCCACGUUCCUGCUCUUGAGAGUUGCCAGCUCCAGGGAUGCUUCUGCUUCUGGUGGGAACAUGAGCCAGUCCCAGCCUGGAGGGGACUGCUCAUUUGAAGACGUCAACGCGCUGAUGAUGAAGCUGCAGCUGGUGGUCCACAUCCCCACUUUCCUCCUAGGGCUGCUGCUCAACCUGCUGGCCAUCCGCAGCUUCAGCGCCUUCCUGUGCAAGAGGCGGCCGGACUACGCCGCCACGUCCGUCUACAUGAUCAACCUGGCGGUCUUCGACCUGCUGCUGGUGCUCUCCCUGCCAUUCAAGAUGGCCCUGGACCAGGUGCAGUCGCCUUCCCCCUCCAUCUGCACGUUGGUCGAGUGCCUCUACUUCAUCAGCAUGUAUGGCAGUGUCUUCACCAUCUGCUUCAUCAGCCUGGAUAGGUUCCUGGCCAUCCGCUACCCGCUCCUGGUCAGCCACCUCCGGUCCCCCAGGAAGAUCUUUGGCAUCUGCUGUGCCAUCUGGGUCCUGGUGUGGGUCGGGAGCAUCCCCAUCUACAACUUCCACGAGGAAGGGAAAAGCUACAAGUGCUUCCACAACAUGUCCGACAGCACCUGGAGUCCCCAGGUCAUCUUCCCCUUGGAGGUGUUUGGCUUCCUCCUUCCCAUGGGCGUCAUCAGUUUCUGCUCCUCCCGGAGCAUCCACAUUCUUCUCAGCCGCAGGGACCACACCCAGGACUGGGUCCAGCAGAGAGCCUGCAUCCGGACCAUUGCGGCCAGCCUGGCUGUCUUCGUGGUCUCCUUCCUCCCGGUCCACCUGGGCUUCUUCCUGCAGUACUUGGUGAGGAACGACUUCAUUGUCGAGUGCAGAGCCAAGAAGAGCAUCAGCUUAUUCUCGCACUUGACCCUGUGUUUCUCCAAUGCCAAUUGCUGCCUGGAUGUUUUCUGCUACUACUUUGUCAUCAAGGAAUUCCGCACAGAUAUAAUGGCCCACCGGCCUUCCAGGGUCCAGCUGGUCCGCCAGGACACCAUGAACACCAGGGGCUAAGGGUAGGAGGCCCUGCUUGGAGGAAGGAAACCCUAGCCUGAGUUCUAGUAGAGGAGAUCCUGCCACAUGAAUUUCGAUGUGGUGGGAUGAUGCUAGGCACCUUCACUGUGUGCUUCCCUUCUGAUGCUCAUUAUACCACAAGGACCUGUUCCUAUCACCCAGCUAGCCCCGCCGAAAUCACCCAGUGUUUGGUGAUCUUAGAAGAACCCAAGGACCAGCUGAAUUCUUGAUUUCCAAAUCCCAAAGGUACGAGACAGAAGAAUCAAGAAAGAAAAGGAGACUAUUUGGACACGACUAUUUCCUACUUCUCUCAGUCCUUCUGUUAGUAUAGAAGAUUCUGGAAAGAAAGAGAAGCAGAGCGUGGUUAGGGGAGAGAAUCAAGAGAGCCAGUUGUGGAGAGCGUCUUGGCUACAGAUGGAGCAGCAGGGAUGGAUCAAGCUUCUUUUUAUUUAGGGGUCCCAGGACAAAGUUCAUUUAUCUUUUCUGGUCCCUUCUGCAGGUCUGUUGGCCAAUAACUUCACAUAAAUGAUGGCAUAUAGAGGUGUUUGGGGCCAGCCAAGCAUGGACAGAUAGCCCUAAGCUUCCUGUGGGCCUUGGAAGAGCUCAGGAGGCCACCCACACCUUCCCGGGCCAAGAGAAGGCUGUAGAGGACUGAGGGGGACUGGCAGAGGCUGUGGGGGUAGAGCAGAAAGGUAUUAGUGACACCUGAGAGCCAUGAAAGGCCAGGAUACACCUAGGAUAGGAAGGAGACUGGCCAAGGCCUGAAGAUAGGCAACCCCUUCCCCAUUGCCAUUACGGUAUCCACCACGUGGAGUGUCAGUGCUGGCCCAGGGUGAGGAGACAGUGGGAGGUGGCCUUGUUCGGUGUGUGUGCGGGGGGGUGAGGGAGUUGUCACUGAACAUUGUCAACUUAAAAUGGAAGGCUGAUGCAAAGCAAGUAAAGCCAGAGAGUUUAUUUGGGCCACAAAAUCCAAAUAACUGUGUGCUGAGAUCUUACAGAUUUCAGGAUGAUUUCACAGGCAAGAGUCCCGAAUGGGAGUGGGGAAUGGCGAGGAGUCUUAGACAGCAAUGAUUGGAUCAUUCUGUGAUAAAGGAGCAGGGUGACCUCAUGGUCACCUGGAAUCGCUGUGCUCAAAUCUUAAGUGGUGGGGACAGGAGUCUGGAAGAGAAAGGAGUAAAUGUAUCGGGCAACAAGGAUGUUCAUAAAACAGAAAGUCCAAGGAGUCUGGGUGGCUUCUGGAGCUAUUUCAGGGGCACAUUCCUAAGAAAAGCACAAGACAUGCCCAAGUUUUAUUUCCUAACAGUGCUGACUCGGGUGGACUGGAUCUCAUUUUCAGCAAACACUGGUCUAUGUCAGGAUCUGUCAGUUUCUUUAAAGUUCCGGUUUAAUGAUGUGGUAUUGUAUCAUGAAGGACUCAUUCUGGUCUGGUCUGUUGGGUCCAGAGCAGGAGUUUAGUCUGAAACACUGGUGUCCUGUAAUUUUUACUAACAACGUGACCAGCCUUCACUCUCAGACAGGUGGGGGCAUUGUUUCCUAGACCUAGUUUCCUCGAAAACUCAAGAAAGGAUCAUCUUGACUUGGUCCCACCAUAGUAGGGUAAGGGAAGCUUAUGUCUUACUCAUAAGCCUUCCUUAUCCUUGGCUGGGCAGCUGGGCAGCUGGUGCAGGGGACACUGCCCACGGGGCCGUCAGGAAUCAGCCAGGAAUGGGGGGGGCCAGGCCUUGAGAAAGACAGCAAGGAGCUCAUGCGAGUUCCAGGUGGGGAACUGUAAACAACAGAGCCACCCACCGCUUCUCUAAUGAGCUGGAGACGAGCACACAGUGCCAGCCCGGCAGAGAGCCUUCGAUGACUCAGCUGCCCCAGAGAGUGAACCGAUGGGUAAAUUGCGGGGUGGUUUUACAGGAUGGAAUGAGGUGGAUGAGGAAUAACCAGUGAGCUCUAAUGUGAAGGGGGCCAAAGAGCUUUAGGAAGAAAAGCAACAUAGUCUCCCCAUAGGGCAAGGGAAGGCCUGGAGGAGGGGUGAGGGAGAAGUGGUUUAGAUUCAGAUAAAACCUGGACCUUGCAGCCCAAGUCUUCUAGCCAUGGAUAGGAGAAGGCAUGGGUUGGGUGGGACCAGGCAGGAAGGGCUGAGGGCAAGACUGCUUCCUGCCUGAUAGUCUGUUUCCCCAGCCAGACGGAGCCACUGAGGGCCAGGAGCCCGCCUUCUGCUGCCUCCUCGCGGCCAGCCACAGCCUCCACAGCCUUCGGAUGGUGCUCUAUGCACCCUCCCAAGUGGUUGGAGGGAAGGGUGAGGAAGAAAGUGUCAAUGACAUGGUGGAGAUGGGUUGGAGUGACCAUAACCAGGACCGAGACCCCUGGGAACAGACAGCCUCAAAGUCAGGGACUCUGCAGACCCUGCUCAAGGUGAAGCUGAUUCCUGUCCAGCUGCCCUGUCCUGGACACCCCUCUCCCUACCCACAGCUGCUUUGUCUCAUGGCCACUUGGAACAAUGAUAUGAACUGGACACUUUGAGAAGGCCAGACUGUCCCAUAUAGCAGGGCAUUUGGGGCUGGAGUUGGGUAGAAUCCAUGGGCGAGCAGAGUUAGGAACCCCUUCCUCUAAUUGCUCCCUUUGCAUUGGGAGCGAGGAGCCCAUCUGGAUGUCAUUCAGGUGCCCACCUGUGAUUCAUUCGGGUGCACUCACGUCUGCCUUUCCUGGGGCUAGGUGAGUUUCCUAAGAGAACAGGUCAGGGGCCCUGACCACGCACCCUCCCCAGUGAUGCUCAAACAUGGAAGUGUGGCAUGACUCUGGUCCGGCAGAGGAGAGAGCUCUAGGUUCCUACAGGAGAAUUAAUAGAAAGGGAGGGGAGUCUAGACCCAUGAGCUGUAACUUCGAAAGAGUAGGUUCUUGGAGGGUGUUCUCAUCCAUGCAAUUGUUAAUAACAGGAGCUACCUGACCUGGGUCAUGUUUAAGAAUAGGGAUUUAUUUGACUCAUGAAUCUGCUGGCUGGAUAGUCCAAUGGUAUGGGGCUGGCAUGAGGCCAGCUACACCAGGACAUGGCCAACCAAAGCAGAGUGGUGGCCACAUGCAAGAGAGACCUAGAGACAGACGUCUUCCUUAUAUAACAACCCACUCUCCUGAGAACUAACCCAGCUAGAGCUCACCGUCUCACGAGACAUCAUUAAUGCAUCUGUGAGGUGAUACUGCUACGAUCCAAUCACCACCCACCAGACUUAACUCUUAACUCUUACCACCGCCCAACACCACUACCCUGGGACUGUAUUUCAAAACAUGAAUGUUCAGGGGCCAAGCCGUUGUCAAACCAUAGCAGAGGGUUAACACAGUCUUGGGUUGAUGUGACAGCCACAGACCUGUGGGUGGGCUUUGGGGACCCCCGAUUCAGCCCCAAACACUGAAAGGAGUAUAGAUGGACCUCGUCUCUCCUCAUAGAGACCCAUGCUGGCUAAGGGUCUGUGGUCCAGUGUCUCUGGCCACCGCUCAGCAGGAGGGUCCUAACCUUGGACCUACAAAGUCAUAACCGGAGCUGGUUUGAAAUUAGCGGCAGGCCCAGCAGCACAAGAGGUAUGA